CGUCCUGACAGCCUCACCUUGUAAUUGUAUCACCAAAUUCAUACGACGAGGAGCAACAGUCACACCUCUUUGGAAAACCCAAACCCAACCUCCUCGUUUCUUCUAGCUGUUCCUAAAUUCUCUCGAUUUCGGUACAUGGGUUGUCCUCCGCGGAUACUCUAGUCGUAUCUUUUUGAUUGAUUGAUUGAUUUUCUCAUCUGGGUCUCUUUCCAAAUGGGCAAAAAUCAAGCUUACAAGGCUAUGCAGAGAUCCAGGCUCGGCUCCAGCUCUGCAGGCCCUGAUGAGGUUGAAGACGGCAUGGUGGAUGGUUCAUUUCAUUCACCAGAAUGGCAUGCUGCUCGUUUGGCUAGCCUCAAAACUUCUCAGACAAUUACCUGGGAGGAGUAUAAACAGAAGCAAAAGGAAGAUGAAAUUAAAAAGGGAGAACUGGAGAAGGAUACCGAUAGAAUGAUGAGAGAAUACAGAGCUCAACUGGAUGCUGAAAGGGCUCGCAAGCUUGCCAACGGAAGAAACCACUCUAGCAGUAAGUCUGAUCGCAAAAAAGAUAGCAAGGAUAAAGAUUUAAAGAAACGCAGCAGCAGCAGAAAGAGAAGGCAUUCAAGAAGGAGAUCUUCAGAGUCUAGCUCCUCGAGCUCAUCCUCAGAUUCUUCCAGCAGUGAAGAUGAAGACCGAGAAUCGAGACGAUCCAAGUCCAGGUCCAAGAGAACAAAGAAGGAAAAGAAGCACAGGUCAAAGACCAAACACUCGAGCAGUGGCGAUGACGAGGCUGAUGGUCCCGUGCCACUUUCAAGAUUCUUCGGGAAUGCGAAGACCUAACGGGAUCAUAUGAGCUAUUGUUGUGUUUGUAUCUUCGUACAGUAGGAGAUUAGUUUGAGAUGAGUUUGUUCUUUAUUGUCUUCUUCUUGCCUACCACAAUCCCCUUGUUUUCGCUAACACGAUAUAUUUAGUUGCCUCAGCAGUUGGCACUGGUGAGGUUUCUUUGGUAGAGGAGGUAAGUUUCGUUUUAUUCAUCUCAUUCGGUA